UCACUCAUCAGUACGAAAGGUUCGCUCGUUAAUGUUAGUGUGUGCUCGGUACGUCUUGGAAGUAAAAAGCACGUCAGACCGGACCGACCGUUCUUUAAAAAUGUUUUGAUACGUAUGAUGUAAUGUAAAUCGGGAAAGAAAAGAGGACCGACGUUUUUAACAUCUCCAAAUUAUGAAAAACCCCCCUAGUCACACUAAAUAUGAAAAAUUAUCGAAAGAGAUAUGUAACGAUUUAGAAAAUAUUUCGACUUCCAUUACUGGAGAAUCGGAGGAACCCCAGAACGGGAUUAUGUGGCUAAGUACAAACGAUGCCAGCGCUUUGGGUGCCGAAGAAGUGGCUUCGAGGUUAAGGGUGGAAGUCAGGCAAGGACUGAGCUGGCAAGAAGCUACACAUCGAAGGCAGUUAUCAGGAUAUAACGAAUUUGCGGUUAAGGAAGAAGAUCCCUUAUGGAAAAAAUAUUUAGAACAAUUUAAAAACCCCCUCAUUCUUUUACUUUUGGCCUCUGCUUUAGUAUCUGUAUGUAUGAAACAAUUUGAUGACGCUGUCAGUAUUACUGUGGCAAUAGUUAUAGUUGUAACUGUCGCUUUCGUUCAAGAAUACCGCUCGGAAAAAUCUCUUCAGGAGUUAACAAAGCUCGUACCACCCUCGUGUCAUUGUUUGAGAGAAGGGACGCCGGAUACGUUUUUAGCUCGAGAGUUAGUGCCAGGGGACAUUGUUCUAUUAAAUAUUGGCGAUAGGGUGCCAGCUGAUCUGCGAUUAUUCGAAUCUGUCGAUUUGACGAUCGAUGAAAGUAGUUUUACUGGAGAAACUGAGCCGGCCCAUAAGCAGACAGCUCCAAUAUUACGGUCUAAUGGCACUCACGCGUCCAAGUCGAAUAUUGCGUUUAUGGGUACGCUUGUACGAUGUGGCAAUGGAAAGGGGAUAGUUGUUAGUACUGGGCCUAAUAGCGAAUUUGGCACUGUAUUCAAAAUGAUGUUGGAAGAGGAAGCGCCCAAAACGCCUCUUCAACGAUCGAUGGAUAGUUUGGGAACGCAACUGUCGAUGUAUUCGUUCGCAAUUAUUGGACUUAUCAUGCUGCUCGGUUGGCUUCAGGGGAAGGUUUUGAUGGAGAUGUUCACCAUUGGUGUCAGUCUCGCCGUUGCCGCCAUACCCGAAGGUCUACCAAUUGUUGUAACGGUAACACUGGCGCUGGGUGUAAUGCGCAUGGCCAAGCGUAACGCGAUUGUAAAAAAAUUGCCCACCGUCGAAACACUAGGCUGUGUUAACGUCAUUUGCUCAGAUAAAACGGGCACUAUUACACGAAAUGAGAUGUCCGUAACCGUCGUAAUUACGUCCGAUGGCUAUCUUGCGGAGUUAACGGGGGCCGGUUACAACGAUCACGGUCAAAUUCUACUUCACAAAUGCGAUUAUCCGGACAGAGCGCGGGAAAGCGUCUACAACUUGCUGGAGAUAGGUGCAGUUUGUAACAACGCAAUCAUAACAAACGAAGUGCUAAUGGGCCAACCGACCGAAGGCGCUUUGUUGGCGGCCGCCAUGAAAAACGGAAUGUACAACGUAUCGGACCGAUUCGUCAGGCUGCAGGAGUACCCCUUCAGUUCGGAGCAAAAGAUGAUGGCCGUGAAGUGUGUACCAAAGUAUAGUGAAACAAAACAGGAUAUAUUUUUCGUUAAGGGCGCAAUUGAGAAGAUACUACCGAAAUGUACCAAAUACGCGUACAACGGAACGCUUCAGGCGCUUACCAACAAAAAGGAGCAGGAGUUUAUGGCGGAGGCGCACGAAGUCGGUCGGAAAGGGUUGAGGGUUGUCGCUCUUGCGAAAGGUCCUACCUUGCAGGAAUUAAUCUAUCUUGGUAUCGUGGGUAUUUGUGAUCCUCCUCGUCCUUUUGUUCGAGAAUCAAUUACUACUUUGCUGCAGUCUGGAGUGCAGAUUAAGAUGGUUACUGGGGACGCUAUGGAGACUGCUGUUGCUAUUGCGCAAAUGAUUGGUUUGGACACUUUGCACUCUCAAAUAUUAUCCGGGGAGCAGUUGGAAAUAUUCACAGAGCCACAGCUGGACGCUGCCAUACCGCAUGUGACUGUUUUCUAUAGAGUAUCCCCAAAACAUAAAUUAGCAAUAGUCAAAUCGUUACAAAGAACAGGCCAUAUUGUAGGUAUGACUGGGGAUGGCGUUAAUGACGGAGUAGCUUUGAAGAAAGCAGACAUUGGAAUUGCAAUGGGUCGCAAUGGAACAGAUGUCUGUAAGGAAGCAGCCGACAUGAUUUUAGUUGAUGAUGAUUUCCACACGAUAAUCUCAGCAAUUGAAGAAGGCAAGGGAAUUUAUUACAAUAUACGAAAUUUUGUUAGGUUUCAAUUGUCUACGUCUAUAGCUGCAUUGUCACUUAUUGCCCUUGCUACUCUGAUCGGUAUUCCAAAUCCAUUAAAUGCCAUGCAGAUUCUAUGGAUCAAUAUCAUUAUGGACGGCCCUCCAGCUCAGAGCUUGGGUGUCGAACCGGUAGCAAAGGAUGUCGUCAGGCAAAAGCCUAGAAAUGUCAAGGAGCCAAUUAUUACAAGAGCACUCAUUAUAAAUGUACUCCUGUCAGCAUUAGUGAUAAUUGGUGGAACAUUGUGGGUUUUUAAGAAAGAGAUGAGUACCGAAGGUAUUACAGCACGAGACACCACAAUGACAUUCACCUGCUUCGUAUUUUUCGACAUGUGGAACGCGCUAUCGUGCCGCUCCCAAACAAAAAGCGUAUUCUCCAUCGGCUUGCUAUCAAACAAAAUGUUCCUAUUAGCAGUUACGUUGUCCGUCGUCGGACAGCUGCUCGUCGUCUACACGCCGCCACUUCAAAGGGUGUUUCAGACCGAGGCACUAACUUGGUGGGACAUGGUGUUUUUAAUAUCUUUAACGUCGUCGGUUUGGGUGUUAUCGGAGGUAAAAAAAUUUGUGGAGAGAACCUUAGAAAAGCGCGGCAGAGGGACGAGGUCGCCGUUAGAAUACGUAUGACGGCGGAGGGGGCCUGGGGUAAAAAAACACCACGACUAGAACGCCCCCACUACCUUGCCCCCUUUUCUUGGCCCCCCUGUAGAUUAUGUGAAGACAAAUUACUAUCACUAAGGUGCAAUACAUUAUGUCGCCUUCAUUUUAAUUUGCUUAAAAAGACAUUUUUUAUUUAUUAUCGUUGCACUUUAUUUUAAUUAUGUCAUUUUCGUUGCCAUAUACUUUGUAGUGAUGCACUUUUGUAAUUUGUUUUGCUCAUUUUUUAUGGGUUUCAAUUGUUGCUUGUGGCAAGGUUUUUAUAAGUAUUAUAUUUUAAGGUAUAAGCACGAUGCAGCUUUUAUUAUUAUUAUUAUAUUUUUUGUUAUUUUAUACAGUGUAAUUCAUAAUUAUGACAUUUUAAAGUAUACAUAAUUUUAUGAUAGUCACGCCUAUCCAUUUUAUUAUUGCCUAAUCAACUCUUGUCAUUCUUAAUGAAUCAUCCUGUAUAUACUUAUAUUUAAGGUUUCCUAUUAACUUAAGUAUUUAAUGUUAUGGUUUUAAGUAGACUUAUCGAGCUGCAUUGAAUCUUUAAAUUGAGCUCAAUUAGGUUUGUGUUAAAUAAUUUGUAUGAAUGUGGUAGUCAAUUAAAGCACUAUUUUUCAUGAAACUUUUGCUGCGACUUGAUUUUAUUAUUAAUAAAAGGUGAACCACUUAACUAUUGAUGUGAAGUUUUUUUCGUGUUAAUUGUAAUAUAAGGCCUUGAGUGCUAAAUAUACAGACUGUACAUUAGACAUUCGAUUUUCACAUGGUGUGUUUUUAUGAUGUUCUUUGUAAUCUCUUCAACUGUACUGUGUAACAUCAAUUAAAGUUAUUUAGUCAUUCCGAUAAAAAACCAUAAAGUAAGGACCAUAUAAAAAUAUAUUUGAAUGUGAACUUAGUGAAGUACUUUAUAGUAUUCUGUGAUACACUAUUUAAAUAUUUGCAGGUUGCACUAACUUUAGUUUAGCCUCUAGUGAGCAGUUUUUGAUUGGCUCGUAAAAGUGAAUUUGAUUAUUACAGGGAAGAGUUGUGAAGAAUCGAAAAUGUU